AUGAAGCCAAUGAGCGCGGUGAUUUUCUUUGAUUGUGGACAGUAAAAGUAAAAUAAUUCUUCUUGCAUUUGCAAACAAAAAACAACUAGAAAUAUUAAAAAACACGUAGAAAUAAAGCGAAGAUUUUCCUUGAAACUACUUCGCUGUGGCUGCGUACUAAGUGAAGGGUGCAGGCAGGUGAGCCAUAAGUUUUAUUGUGAAAAGCAAAUUAUGUGGAAAACGUGAGACAGUAGCUUCAAAAUACACGAAAAAGAAGUUGCCAACUUAGGAGCAGCAUUGUGCUGCCCUUCCUUCAAACGCUCCGCAUGACUGCUGCCCAACAUUGAGCAUUGGCCCAGUUCCUAACCGUUUCCUACUUUUUGUACAUGCUAAAUACAACCGCCGGCAAGAUCACCAUCAAAACUUCACAAAACUUCGCAAACUCCUCCUCCCCCGUGAGCAGUAGUAGCAGCAGCAGCAGCAGCAGCAGAAACCGCAGUUAUAGCUUCAGCUCUGACAGCGCCGCAGCUGCCUCAGUAUCAGAUAACGUCAAUUCCGGCUCGGGUAGCCACAGUAUGACUGAUUAUAGCGAUUUGGAUCGUCAGAUCGAGCAGCUGAAACGCUGUGAAAUCAUUAGAGAAAACGAAGUAAAGGCGCUCUGUGCCAAAGCGCGCGAAAUACUUGUCGAAGAAGGCAAUGUGCAACGUGUUGAUUCGCCCGUUACAGUGUGCGGCGAUAUUCACGGUCAGUUCUAUGAUCUAAAGGAAUUGUUUAAAGUAGGAGGGGAUGUACCCGAAAAGAACUACUUGUUCAUGGGUGAUUUCGUCGAUCGUGGCUAUUACAGUGUGGAAACAUUUCUGCUGCUAUUGGCGCUGAAAGUGCGUUAUCCAGAUCGCAUCACAUUGAUACGCGGCAAUCACGAAUCACGUCAAAUUACACAAGUAUAUGGAUUCUAUGAUGAAUGCCUACGUAAAUAUGGAUCUACAGCCGUUUGGCGCUAUUGCACCGAAAUCUUUGACUAUCUCAGCUUGUCGGCUAUCAUUGACGGGAAGAUAUUUUGUGUGCAUGGUGGCCUCUCGCCGUCUAUACAGUAUUUAGACCAGAUAAGAACGAUCGAUCGCAAACAAGAGGUGCCACAUGACGGACCCAUGUGCGAUCUAUUAUGGAGUGACCCUGAAGAUCAGACGGGUUGGGGUGUAUCACCACGCGGAGCAGGCUAUUUAUUCGGCUCGGAUGUGGUUUCACAAUUCAAUCGCACCAACGACAUUGACAUGAUCUGCCGCGCUCAUCAACUGGUCAUGGAGGGAUUCAAAUGGCAUUUCAAUGAGACUGUGCUGACAGUGUGGUCUGCGCCGAACUACUGUUAUAGAUGCGGAAAUGUGGCUGCAAUUUUGGAAUUAAACGAGUACCUGCAUCGAGAUUUUGUAAUAUUCGAAGCUGCACCGCAAGAAAGCAGAGGUAUACCAUCCAAAAAGCCGCAAGCAGAUUACUUCCUCUAAGCAGAAAAAGCAAUCGGAUCAAUCAACUGGACAGCAACUGAAAUCGACAUUUUGCGGACUAAACUAAUGCAGAGAAACGUGAAAGCGGAUAUUUCGCUGCAGGGAAUAUCGAAUUUUAGGGGCUGUUUAGAUAACGAGUAGCAACUUUUUGUUCGACUUUCACUUCUCUUAGUCUAUUUUACUGUAAGUUAUUUGUGCGUACGUUUUAUGUUAGAAAGAAAAUCGUUGGUACAUUCUAUCGUAAA